AUGAAUACCAAUAAUCAAAAUAUCAAAUAAUAGGAACUUGAAUAAUCAUUUAUUUAAGAUGUGGAAGUUAUAAUAAUUGAUAACAAAGAAGAAGAGUUAGAGAGAAACUCACUUAAAUCAGAUUAAGAGUAUUAUUUAUUUUAUAUUAUAUAAAGUAUUCAUCAAUGGGAAUAAGGGGAGGUACUUGGAUAAGGUGCUUUUGGGAAAGUUGUAAUGGGACUCUAGAAGAACGGACAAAUAAUGGCUGUGAAAUAAGUUUUUAUUUAGAAUCAAAAUGAUGAUGUAUUAGAUGUAAAUAUUAUAGAAAGUGAAACAAUUAUAAAAAGAAAUUGAAAUGUUGAGUAGAUUAUAACAUCCAAAUAUAGUGCGUUAUAUAGGAUGUGAAUAAAAAAACUAAUUCAUAAAUAUAUUUCUAGAAUAUGUUAGUGGAGGUUCAGUAUAAACAUUGUUAGAAAGAUUUGGAUGUUUUAGAGAGAGACUUAUCAAAACAUAUUUGAAAUAAAUACUGUUAGGAUUAAGUUAUUUACAUGCAAAGAAUGUUAUUCAUAGAGAUAUUAAAGGAGGAAAUAUUUUAAUUGACAAUUCUGGUCGAUGUAAACUAGCAGGUAAUUUAAAUCUUAAUUGUAGAUUUUGGCAGCAGUAAGUAAUUGAGUGAUAUAACUCAUGAUACUGUAGGAUCUAUUUGUGGAACUCCCAAUUUCAUGGCUCCAGAAGUAAUUAAUCAAGAAUAAUAUGGAAAAAAGGCAGAUAUUUGGAGUCUUGGUUGUACAAUAAUAGAAAUGGCUACUGGAUAACCUCCAUAUUCUGAGUAUAAAGAUGCUAUUGCUGUUAUGGUGAGGAUAGGUAAAUCUACAUAACCACCUCCAAUACCAUCAUAAUUAUCAUCUCCUGAAGCUAAAGAUUUUCUAUCUAAAUGUUUGUAGAUUGACCCUAAAUAAAGAGCUACAGCAGAUGAACUAUUGAAACAUCCCUUUUUAGAAGAACCUAAAUCAAAUUCAUUACUAAAAAAGACUACAUCCUAUAAAUUUAAUUAAAGGUAGGUCUAGAAAUAUCAUUAUCAAAACAAAAAUUCUUUUUUGUUAGAUGCUGAAAAUUAAGAGUAAGAGAUUUAACCAGUUUCACCAUAAUUUUAAGGAUAACAAGGAUAGAGUUCAACAGAAACUAAUUUAAUUACAGUUAAGAAGAAGAAAGAAAAACCAUAAUAUUAAUUAGUAAUAGAACCAGAAUAAAAUGAUUAUAUUUUAACAGGAUAAGAAACAAAUAUAGCUGAGAAUCGAAAUAAAUUUCAAUUUUUAGAGUAUAAUGAAGUCAACCUCAAGGAAACCUACAUAAAACCAUUUAAUAAUAAGGAGAACUAAGAUAAUUUAUAAAAUGAGUUAGACAAAAUAUUAGGAUAAUACAUUAGUUGA